GGAAAUGUUAUUUCCUUUUGUUCACUCUCUCUGAGAAAUAAAAAGAAUCGAACACUUUCAAAACCUUCGCUAUCUGUAUAUGGUACGGUCGCUUCCAUACUGUCCCCAACAAUGGCCGAAACCCUAAGCCCGAACCAGAAGCAGAGGCCCCUCUCCUCGGCGGUCCCGCGGAUCCAAUCUCCGACCAGCCCAUUCUUCCUCGGCUCCAACGACGAUCAGCUCGAGCGCGCCCAGGCCCGCGCUGCUCGUGCCGCCAAGGUCCGCCGCAAGUCCAUUGCACCCCCCCGACUUUGCGACGUCGAUCCUGAAUCCGAACCUUGCCUCGGCAAACAGCAGAUCCUCGAUCUCUUCCGCAAUUGCAUCAAACUCGCCAGCGAAAAUAAAAUCAAUCAAAAGAACACGUGGGAGCUAAAUUUGAUAGACCAUUUAACAGAGAUUAUAAAGGUCGAGGAAGAAGACGAUGCGGAGACGAAUUUCCAAAAGGCAAGUUGUACUCUUGAAGCUGGAGUUAAGAUUUACUCUUUAAGAGUGGAUUCAGUGCAUUCAGAGGCUUAUAAGGUCCUUGGUGGGAUGAACAGAGCAGGUCAAGAAAAUGAACAAGCGUCAGAUACUACUUUGGAGGAUGCCAAUGCUGACAGUGGACAAGAGGGAGGUCCUUCCAAAAAAGAGAUGGAGAGAAAGUUGUCACCUUUAUCAACACUGGAAUCCUCUUUUGAGGCUCUUAACGUAAAGAAGUUCGAUGUUGCAUUUGCAGUGGAUCCACUUUAUCAUCAGACAUCUGCACAAUUCGAUGAAGGAGGAGCCAAGGGUCUUUUAAUGAAUAACCUUGGGGUAUAUGGUGGAUGUAGAAUGCUCUUUGAUUCACUGGAAAUACCGAGGAAGUGCAUGACAUGUGAAAAUCAGCAUGAUAAAUCAGAAACAAUUGAUCUUUCUUUUGCCAAAGACUAUAUUGAACAGAUGGUGCUGAACAUGCGGCUGAAGAAUGAAAUUUCUCCAACUCUAAGAGAUAUAGUCAAUCAAUUUGAUGAAAAUAAUAGAAGACCAUUAGAUUUUUUUUCUUCUGGCCAAAACCCAGCAGAGAAAGUUGGUGCAGCUUAUGAGAAUGAGGUUGAUUUGGAUGGUGAUGCAGUUGAGAACUGUGGGACCUGGGAUUUUGAUCAUGAUGACCAAACAAGUGUGCUUGAUGAUCCCAUUUGUGCAGAUUCAACUUAUGCAAGUUAUCAUGAGGAAAAUGAACCAUUUUCUUUACAUGAACCUGGUAGUGAUGACAGAGUUGAGAAAAUUGAUGGUUAUCUGUUCUCAAAUCUGGGGUUUACCAAACAAAAUGCUUGGGCAGGUCCUGACCACUGGAAGUAUCGGAAAGCUAAAGGUUCAGAGGAUGAUCCAGCUACAAAAAAUGUGUCACCAGUGACAACAAAGCGACCAAGAAAUAAGAAACAAACAGAAGUUGAUAUUGAUUUCACAAAAGCAUUGGACAAAGAUUUAUCAGAUGUCUUUGCUCCUCCAAAAAAUCCCAAGUCGUUACUGUUGCCGGCAAAUAGAGCACCCUGUAAUACAAAACUUCCUGAAGAUUGUCAUUAUCAACCAGAAGAUCUUGUCAAGUUAUUUCUCCUUCCUAAUGUAAAGUGCCUGGGGGUGCGGAGAAGAAAAUGCUCUGAUGAACUGAGGCAGCAAUCGGAUGACUAUGGGCCACUGCCAUCCUGGGAUGAUGCUAGUGUUUUUGAUGGGCAAUAUGACAAUGGAAGUGUCCAUAGUGAUGUAGAGGACUCCAGUGCACUUGUUUCUCAACCUCGCCAGGUCAAUAAAAUUGAAGUAAAGUAUGACAAAACUUCUAAGCAAGUUGAUGUCCAGGCAUUGAAAGAAACUCUUUGGGACCAUAUACACGUAUCUUCUACAGUGUCUCAUCAGGAUCAAGAAGAAGCGGUGUCAUUCAGGCAUAUCUUGGCCAGUUUUCCUAAUGACUGCAGAGCUGCUGGAACUAUAAAUGAGAUCUCCCCACAUCUGUGUUUUAUAUGCCUACUACAUUUAGCUAAUGAGCAUGGGUUGAGCAUUCAUGGACGUACCAGUUUGGAUGAUCUCAGCAUUCACUUUCCUUUUAGUGAGUGAUACACGUGCAAGUGAGAUUAUCUAGGCCAUUAUUUAACCCACGAGUUAUUGUACUCUGUUGUGGAAAAUAUGUAGUAAGCCUUACUUCUUCUAUACGCCUGUCGUACUUGGCUGAUCAACAUGGGUCGAGGGAUUCGUGGUUCCACCAACUUGGAUGAUCUCAGCGUAAGCCUUCCUCAUGAUGAUGAUAAAAGAAAAGUGAGAUAGCUAAACUUGACUUACCCUUUCUUGUGUUCUAGUCUGAAAUUUGUAGGCAGUGUAUAAUCCACUAAUCCAUUUACUGAUCUUCCCACGUCCACAUAUAUUCAAUUUUUCUAGAUCGGUAGGUUUCGUUUUCGGUCGCUGCAUUCAGACUGUAAACAACUUGACCAAUGUUAUAUGUUCUAAUUUCCAUAUUUGGCAUUUUGUGAAAAA